GACUUUACUAAAAAGUAUGGAUGCUAUGUAUUCUAUAAUAUUGUGUUUUCUGCUUGCUAUAGCAGUUAUCUUUAUUUACAACACCUUGAGGAGAUGGAUGUCAACAAAAGGAAAUUUCCCUCCUGGGCCCACGCCUUUACCUCUGAUUGGGAACUUACACAUCCUGGAUUUAAAGAGACCAUAUCUAACAUUAAUGGAGGUCUUCUUUUCUCACAUGGAGAAAACUGGAAAGUUAUGAGGCGAUAUACUAUUACCACCUUGCGGGACUUUGGAAUGGGAAAGAGCAGUAUAGAAGAAAAAAUCGUUGAUGAAUGUGAUAAGUUGAUUCAGCAAUUUCAAUCAUUUAAAGGCAAGCCAUUUGAUUGCUCUGUGAUCAUAAAUGCAGCAGUUGCAAACAUAAUUGUGUCAUUAGUCCUUGGACAUCGCAUGGAUUAUGAGGAUCCAACAUUUUUGAGACUUAUGAGUCUAACAAAUGAUAAUGUCAGGCUGGCGGGAUCACCGAUGAUUUUGAUAUUUAAUUUGCUUCCCAGUAUUUUUAGUUUAUUUCCUGGAAGUCAUAAAAGUAUGGUGAAGAACAUAGAAGAGAUAUGUGCUUUUAUAAGGAAGACAUUUAUCAAGCACGUGAAAGAAUUAGAUGCAAAUGAUCAGAGGAGUUUUAUUGAUGCGUAUCUUGUUCGACAAAAAGAGGAGGAAAAGAAUCCCCAAACAUUUUUUGAUGAUCUAAACUUGAUCAGUCUCGUAAGAAACUUAUUCACUGCAGGAAUGGAGACAACUACUACAACCAUUCGCUGGGGUCUUCUUCUUAUGGUUAAACACACAGAAAUUCAAGAAAAGAUUCAAGAUGAGAUUUCUAGUGUGAUAGGCUCUUCACCUCCUAGAUAUGAUCACCGCUUCAAGAUGCCGUAUACCACCGCUGUUAUACAUGAAAUCCAGAGAUUUGCCAGCAUUGUACCCAUGAAUUUGCCUCAUGAAACGACUAAAGAUGUCAAUUUCAAGGGAUAUUUCAUUCCAAAAGGAACUCAUAUAAUCCCUUUGUUAUACUCUGUUCUUCAUGACAAGACACAGUUUGCAGAACCAGACAAUUUUAAUCCAAAUCAUUUUCUUGACUCAAGAGGGAAUUUUGUGAAGAAGGAUGCUUUUAUGCCAUUUUCUGCAGGUCGUAGAGUAUGUGCUGGUGAAAAUCUGGCGAAAAUGGAACUGUUCCUCUUUUUUACAAGUCUUCUGCAAAAAUUUCAUUUCCGUCUGCCUCCCGGCGUAACUGAUGUCAAUCUUACUCCUGAAAUUGGAGCUGUGACACCUCCAGCACUUUAUAGUAUUUGUGCAAUAUCACGGGUUUGAUUACCCGUAUGGGACAUAAACACCGCUUUUUGUUUUUUCCUUGUCUAUUGGACUUUUUUUUAAUCUAUUUCGGAUUUCACCCUGCAUAUCUGAUGGUAUACGUAGCAAAGAAUCCAUUUCUUAGGAUGCCUGCAGAAGUGCAGUGUGAUGUCUUAAAUAUGGUGCCUACCUGUGCUCAUUUGCAUGUCACACUGGGAGCUCUCAAAAACAUGUUUCUGAGAGUUCCCAGCACUACACGCAAAUAGUUUUAGAAUUCGAACCUUCACCUGAUCAGCCAAAUUUUUAAAAAAAGCUCUUUGAAAUUAAUUUAAUCUCCAAGUCUAAAGGUCAUGGAUUGGAGCAAGCAGGAUUAUAUAACAAGUGAUGUUUUCCAAAUGGCUUACUAAAUAUGCAACUCUAACGUCCACAUUUUUAGAAUCACAUUAGCAGGACAUUUGAGGUUUAUUUAUAAGUAGAUACACAUUUUUUAUUUUAUUUUUAAAUCCUAAAAA